AUGGAGGGGAACCCUCUGGACUUCUACAUCGGUCUCUCCCUGGCCGUGAGCUCCAGCGCCUUCAUCGGUGCCAGUUUCAUCCUGAAGAAGAAAGGCCUGCUGCGAUUGGCCGGCAAUGGCUCCACGCGAGCAGGUCAAGGGGGGUAUGCUUACCUGAAGGAAUGGCUGUGGUGGGCAGGACUCAUUUCAAUGGGAACUGGGGAGGCCGCCAACUUUGCUGCAUAUGCAUUUGUGCCAGCAACACUGGUGACUCCUCUUGGAGCAUUGAGUGUACUUGUAAGCGCUGUGCUGUCCACUUACUUUCUGAAUGAGAGGCUGAAUGUUCACGGGAAGAUUGGCUGUUUGCUGUGCAUUUUGGGCUCCACAGUGAUGGUGAUUCAUGCCCCGAAGGAAGAGGAGGUUGCUUCCCUCAGUGCCAUGGCUGAGAAACUCAAAGACCCAGGUUUCAUUGUGUUUGCUGUGUGCGUUGUUGGAAGCAGCCUGGUUCUUAUCUUUGCUGUGGCUCCACGGUUCGGACAGAAGAAUGUGCUGGUCUACAUCCUGAUCUGCUCUGUGAUUGGCUCCCUGUCUGUGUCUUGUGUCAAGGGCCUGGGCAUUGGCAUUAAGGAGCUGUUUGCUGGCACAGCGGUGCUGAAGGAGCCCCUGUUCUGGUCCUUAGUCAUCUGCCUGGUAAUCUGCAUCAGUGUUCAGCUCAAUUACCUGAACAAAGCCCUCGACAUCUUCAACACCUCCAUCGUCACUCCCAUCUACUAUGUCUUCUUCACCACCUCAGUCCUAUCCUGUUCAGCCAUCCUCUUCAAGGAAUGGUUGCGUAUGACCACUGACGGAGCAGUGGGAACAAUCAGUGGGUUCCUCACGAUCAUUUCAGGGAUCUUCCUCCUCCACGCCUUUAAGGACAUUACAUUUAGCUGUGAUUCCCUCCCACUCUACUUGAGGAAGGGUUCUCAGGGCUUUCCAUGGGGGCACCAGCCUUACGUGGCUCUUCCUAGCCACGAAACCCAAGCAGAGGGAAGCUCAAAGGGGGGCCGGGGAACGCACCAGAGAGCUCUUAAGGAGGACCAAUAGUCUCAUCACUGCUGAGAGAAAUGUCUUAUUGCAAUUCUACUUUCAAGUGUGUCUUACUCGAUGCAGUAUGCACUGGAUGAACACAGUUGCCUAAAGUGAGGAUAAUGUUCCUGUUGAAACAUUGAAUUUCAUUUAAAAUCUACAUUCAUAGUUGAAUGACAAAUAAAACUGACUUUGACUUUGAAUAUGAUGGUACACCCACAUCUUAAGUAAAAAAAAAAACAAGCACAUAUUGUUUGGUUUGUUGCACUGGUGUACUUGUUUUUUUAAUCCAGUAUUAAGUUUAAAGAAUGUAAGGUUGAUAAGCAUGCCUAAACCAGAUUGUGCCUUCUAAAACUGAAAACAAGAACCUUAUUCCUAGGUUUGCACUUUUACCAUGAGCAUAUAUGGUGUCGUACGAAUAUGAUUUAAGCCCAAGUUAAAGACAAACGAAAAUGAUUUGUCCUGAAUGCAACUCAAUCGUGGGUUUUUUAACAUGUCUGAAUAAUUACUCUUGAGUUACUGUAAUACCUCAGUAUUGUAUACAAACUGCACCAAAGAAUAUCCUUUCCCUGUGUGACUUAAUUCCCAACAUGUGCUCAGCUGUAACAUAUCUCCGGUGUAACUGAACUUUGUGUCUAUGAAUAACAUUUAAAUUACUUGCCUACA